GACACCUUAGCUAUUUCUCUCAGUGUUUCUUUUUUGUCAAACUCUUUCAAUAAUAAGUGGAUCUCACUGUUCUUGAUUUCUUUCUUCACUAAACACAAUUCGGUUUCUUAAAAAUUUAAUCUUUUAUUGUUCAUUUAACAAAAAAAAAAAAAAAAAAUUCUUAAAGUUAGGAUUUUUGCAUUCCCAUUCAGCUUCUAACUUUGUUUUAUGAGUCUUAAAGUUCUUUUCUUGAAUUUUGUAUAAUCCAUAUUUUGGAUUUCUCAAAGAUUUAAUCUUUUUUUGUUCAUUUAUCAAAAAAAAAAUAUAAAAAAAAAAAUUAAAGUUAAGAUUUUUUGCAUUUCCAUUUCAUUUUCUAGCUUUUUAUGGUUCUUAAAGUUGUAAUCUUGGAUUUUGGUAUAAUACAUAUAUAGGGGUUGGAGUUAAAUUUUAAAAGGUUUGAUCUUGUUAGUUUAUGUGAUUUAAUUUCUGAGUUUGUUUCUGUAUACUGGGGUUUUAAGCUUAUAUUCAGCUUUUUUAUGUGUUAAAUUCAAUUGGAUUCUAUUAUUUCUUCAUUUGUUUAUUUUGAGUGUUUUUGAGGGAUUAAUUAGUGGGACCACUUGCUCCAAGACUCUGUGGGCUGCUUCACUAGUUUUCUUUAUUCAGGCUAAACUGUUGGGACGGACUUUUUAACAUUUUAGGAUAUGAGCAUCACUAUUGAAACCAAUGACAUGAUGACAUCCAAAGUAGACGUGGAUUCGCCCGACGAAGCUACUGGUGGAGUAAACGCCGGUGGAAGUGAACCACUUAAAAAAGGUCCCUGGACUUCCGCGGAAGAUGCAAUUUUAAUGGAUUACGUCAUGAAACAUGGCGAGGGGAAUUGGAAUGCUGUCCAGAAGCAAUCAGGACUUGCUCGUUGUGGUAAAAGUUGCCGUUUGCGGUGGGCAAAUCACCUGAGACCAGAUUUAAAGAAAGGUGCAUUUACUCCAGAGGAAGAGCGGCAGAUAGUUGAGUUGCAUGCUAAGAUGGGAAACAAAUGGGCACGAAUGGCUGCUGAGUUGCCUGGCCGCACAGAUAAUGAGAUAAAGAACUACUGGAACACCAGGAUAAAGCGACAUCAGCGUGCCGGCUUGCCAGUUUACCCUCCAGAUAUUUGUUUCUUGGCAAGUCAGAACAAACAAAAUGAGGAGUUGAGUGCAUUCUCCUCUGCAGAUGCACAAAAUCCUGAUGUCUCGGGAACUAACAAUUUUGAUAUUCCUGCUGUAGAGUUCAAAAAUUUGGAACUCAAUCGGCCGUUAUAUCCACCACCACUCUUUGAAAUUCCUUCUAAUAGCCUGCUCGAUAUUACUGUAAGUAGCUUUCUCGCCCAGGGUCAUAGUCCUCCCUAUAAUAGUACGUCUUUCCUUUCGACAAUGCAUCCGUCUAAGCGUAUACGAGGAUCAGAAUCCGUGUUCUUCGGUUCAAAUGGUGGUUCUUUGCUAGGUCAGCCCUUGGGGUUUUCCUCAUAUAAUAAUCAUAAUGUAACAUAUGAUGAUCACCGACCAUUCUCGAGUAUUGUAAUUCCGGGCAGCCAUGCCCCUUUAAAUGGCAAUUCCUCUUCUUCAGAGGAGCUCCCUUCACUCCAAAAUCAGACGGCGAAUUGGGGCCCACCAUCUUCCCCUUUUCCUUCACUAGAGUCCGUUGAUACUCUAAUUCAGUCACCUCCAGCUGGACACAGUGAAUCAGGUAGUGAUCUGUCGCCUAGGAACAGUGGUUUACUGGACGCUAUGCUUUAUGGAUCACAAACUAUGAAAGCUUCAACCCAUAACUCACACCAAGAGAAUGAGACGUUUGGUGAUGCAGUCGAUAAUUAUUAUGGCGAUCCACUCUCUCCUUUGAGUCAUUUCACUGCAUCAGCAUUUAGUGAAUAUGCCCCUAUCGACGGAAGCUCAUUACAUGAGUUCCCGUCAUUAGCCACAAUGCCAGGAUGCAAAGUUAAGCAAGAGAAUGUUGCCACAUCAUCAGGGCAAGCUUGUGGACGCGAUUCUUGUGCAUGGGAUGCCAUGUCCGCUAUGUAGUCGAUGAGCUGAACGCGAUUAUGGUACUUUUAAAAUCCAUGAGAACAUCUUUUUUUUAGACCAGUUUGUUAUCUCAGUUAUUAUAUGACAGUGGAAUACAAUGUAAUAGUUUCCAUUAACUGGAAAAACUUUUGCAUGUUCUGGGUACAUUGAGUUUAGGCAAUCUAAAGACAAAAACAUUGAUACUUCUUUUUAUAAUAUUAGACUGAGACAGGCUUAAUUAA